CCUCUCAAUUCUCUCCGGCGUGUCCCCCCCUCCUCGUUGCCGUCUCCCUUGGAGGAAUAUGGUGUGAUUUUUUUUCUUCUUCAUGCGAUACCUGACUUGACACCUCUUCCACGAUGUUGCGGGUCGUCGUCGAGUCCGCCAAUGGCAUCCCCAAAAAGAAACUUGGAAACCCAGAUCCAAUCGCUGCUGUUGUGUUUAAAGGUGAAAAGAAGAAAACUAAAGCGAUCGACAGUGAAUUAAACCCUGUCUGGAACGAAGUACUUGAAUUUGACCUGAAGGGCUUUCCUUUGGAGCCUUCAUCAUUCAUAGACGUGGUCGUAAAAGACUAUGAAACGAUUGGCAAAGACAAGUUCAUUGGCUCAGCAAAAAUUUCCUUGAGAGACCUGGCCAGCGGGCACACCAAGUCCCUCCCAUCCAAGAACGUGCCCUUGGUCAAUGACAAACAACAGGCCUUUGGGACGACCGUUAAUUUGGUCAUUGGGUAUGAGCCACCUGCCAACAGUACACCCAACGUAAAGGAUCAACCGGAUGGAGACACAUCUUACGGGGACGUUGGUGUGGAUGAGGAGGGGGAGGAGGGGGAGGGGGACACUAGAGAAGAGAGCCAAGUGGGAGGUCCAGGAGCUGCCCCCCCACUGAACAUACCAGGGAACCCCGGCCAGAGGCCCACCCGUCUCAGCCGUAAGAGGCAUAGAGCCCUGGCCAACAGACCUCAGGACUUCCAGAUUCGUGUACGAGUUAUUGAAGGUCGGCAACUGCCCGGCAACAACAUCAAGCCAGUGGUCAAAGUGAAUGUAUGUGGACAGACCCACAGGACCAGAAUCAGAAGAGGGAAUAAUCCAUUCUUUGAUGAGCUGUUCUUUUACAAUCUGAACAUGCUCCCCUCUGAGCUGUUUGAUGAGUACAUCACCUUCCGAGUUUAUGACUCCUACUCCCUCAGAGCGGACAGUCUAAUGGGGGAGUUCAAGCUGGAUAUUGGAUAUAUCUACGAUGAACCUGCCCAUGCUGUCAUGAGGAAAUGGCUUCUCCUGAGCGAUCCUGAUGACUCUGGCUCAGGGGCCAAAGGUUACCUGAAAGUCAGCAUGAUCCUUGUUGGGACCGGGGAUGGUGCACCGACUGAGAGGAGGGAAGCAAAUGAAGAGCAGGAUGACAUAGAGAGUAACCUCUUGGUGCCAGCUGGUGUGACAUUGCGAUGGGCCACUUUGAACCUUAAGGUUUACCGUGCCGAGGAUAUGCCCCAGAUGGAUGAUGCAUUUGUUCAGACAGUCAAACAAGUUUUUGGAGGGGACGGAGAUAAGAAAAACUUAGUGGAUCCUUUUCUGGAGAUCAGCUUUGCUGGGAAAAAGCUAAGCACCAAAACCAUGGAAAAAAAUGCUAAUCCAGAGUGGAACCAGGUUAUCAACCUCCAGGUCAAGUUCCCCUCCAUGUGCGAACGCAUUAAGUUGACUGUUUAUGACUGGGAUCGUUUAACCAAGAAUGAUGCCAUAGGAAGUACCUUUUUAAAUCUGAGCAAAAUAGCUUCGUCUGGGGGUGAGAUUGAAGACACACCAGCUGAAAGCUGCAAUGCAUUGUCAUCUAAAUUGAGCACUGCAGAGUCCGAGGUUGGUUUUCUCCCUGCCUUUGGGCCUUGCUAUGUCAAUCUCUAUGGGAGCCCGAGAGAAUUUACUGGCCUGCCUGACCCAUAUGAGCAACUCAACUUUGGCAAAGGUGAAGGAGUAGCCUACAGGGGAAGGAUACUCAUUGAACUGUCCACUCAGCUGGAGGGAAAAGCUGAGAAGAAAGUGGAUGAUAUAUCCAGCGAUGACAUCCUGGUGGCACAGAAAUAUCAGCGGAGGAGGAAGUACUCCCUCUGCGCUGUGUUCCAUAGUGCCUGCAUGCUUCAAGAACCAGGCGAGCCAAUACAGUUUGAGGUCAGCAUGGGUAAUUACGGCAACAAGCUGGACUCGACCUGCAAACCCCUGGCAUCUACCACCCAGUACAGCUUUGCUGUGUUUGAUGGAAAUCGUUACUAUUAUCUGCCCUGGGCUGACACUAAGCCUGUAGUGAUCCUCAACUCAUACUGGGAAGACAUUAACCAUCGGCUAGAUUCUGCUAACAUCAUCCUCUGUGUCGCUGAGAGACUGGAAUCCCACCUCACGUCUUUAAAAACAGCCAUCUUAGCCAAGGUGUCCGAAACCCGUCUGGCGGAGAUUUGGCUCAAACUCAUUAACCACUUAAUUGAUGACCUCAGCAGUUUCCAGCUUCCCGAGCUUGAGGGCCAGUCUAACCUGACAGUGCUGGACCUGCAGAAAAAGAAACUGCGUGAUGCUGCAGUGGUUAACAUUAGACAGGUGGCUGAACGCAUGAAAGAAGAAGCAACUGAUGUAAAGGCCACUGUUAGUGACAUCGAGGACUGGUUGGACAGACUCAAGCAGCUAGCAGAGGAGCCCCAAAACAGCAUGCCAGAUGUUAUCAUCUGGAUGCUGAGGGGAGAGAAGCGGGUGGCCUACGCCCGAGUCCCUGCCAACCAGGUCCUCCACUCCACCUUCAGUGAGCAAGCCUGUGGAAAACACUGCGGUAGGACGCAGACCAUCUUCAUGCAGUACCCCAUGGAUAAAAACAAAGGGGUAAAGAUUCCUGUUCAGCUCCGAGUCAACAUGUGGCUUGGUCUCUCCGCCAAUGAGAAAAAGUUUAACAGCUUCUCCGAGGGAACCUUCAGUGUAUUUGCUGAGAUGUAUGAGAACCAGGCCCAAGUUUUUGGCAAGUGGGGAACCACAGGCCUGGUGGGUCGUCAUAAAUUCUCAGAUGUAACUGGGAAGGUGAAACUAAAGAGGGAGCGCUUUAUGCCUCCACGUGGAUGGGAAUGGGAGGAAGACUGGUUUGUUGACCCAGAGAGAAGCCUGCUGACAGAAGCCGAUGCGGGCCACACAGAGUUUACAGAUGAGGUUUUUCAGAACGAGACACGAUUUCCCGGUGGCGAGUGGAAGCCUGCCUCUGAGCCCUAUACGGAUGUGAAUGGUGAAAAGGCUCCAAGCCCAGGAGAGUUUGAUUGUCAUCCCGGAUGGACCUGUGAGGAUGACUGGAGCUUUGACAUUAACAGGGCAGUAGAUGAGAAAGGCUGGGAGUAUGGCGUCACCAUUCCCCCCGAUGAUAAACCCAAAUCCUGGGUGGCAGCAGAGAAGAUGUAUCAUGUCCAUCGCAGGAAGAGACUCAUCAGACGAAGAAGGAAGACAUCUGAUUCCAUGGCUGUCACUGAGAGGCGGGACCCAGGAGAAGGUUGGGAAUACUCCUCCUUGAUUGGCUGGAAGUUCCACAGGAAGGAGCGCUCUUCUGACACCUUUCGACGUCGUCGUUGGAGAAGAAAGAUGGCUCCAUCAGACCGCAUGGGGGCCUCUGCCAUUUUCAGACUGGAGGGGGCUUUGGGUGUUGAUGUGGAUGAGAAGACCAGUAAAACGGAUGCAGCCAAAUUGUUUGGUGCCAACACCCCCACUGUUUCCUGCCACUUUAACCAGUCGUGCAUGUACCAUCUGAGAGUGUACGUCUAUCAAGCGAGGAAUCUUUGUGCCAUGGACAAGGACAGCUUCUCAGAUCCCUAUGCCCAUGUGUCAUUCCUACAUGUCAGCAAAACUACAGAAGUCAUAACUGCUACACUGAACCCCACAUGGGACCAGACUCUCCUUUUUGACAACAUCGAAAUCUACGGAGACCCCCAGACGAUUGCCCACAACCCCCCUGAUGUAGUCCUAGAGCUGUAUGACUGCGAUCAAGUUGGUAAAGAUGAGCCCCUCGGUCGCUGUACAUGCCCCCCACUAGUGAAGCUGAACCCCAGUGUAGCUGUCACCCCCAAGCUUCUGUGGUUCCCAAUCACCAAGAAGGGCCGCAGUGCUGGAGAGAUGCUGGUGGGUGCUGAGCUCCUACUGAAGGAAAAGAUGAACGAGGGAAACCUUCCCCUGGUCCCGCCCAGACGGGGGGAGUCGCUCUACAUGGUUCCCCAGGGAAUCAGACCUGUGGUGCAGCUCACAGCCAUUGAGAUCUUGACCUGGGGUUUGAGGAACAUGAAGCCCUACCAGCUGGCCACAGUUUCUUCCCCCAGUUUGAUAGUGGAAUGUGGCGGUGAGAUUGUUCAGACUGCUGUCGUCAAGAACUUCAAAAAGAAUCCCAACUUCCCCGGGUCUGUGCUUCUUCUUAAAGUGCUACUGCCCAAAGAGGAGAUGUACACCCCUCCCAUAGUGCUAAAGGUGAUAGACCACCGACCCUUUGGUAGGAAACCCAUAGUGGGACAGUGCACCAUCAACUCACUAGAGAAGUAUCGCUGUGACCCAUAUCGCAUCAACAGUGAUGUAGUCAUGUCGGCUAAAGUGGCAAUGAUAACAGCUACCCAGGGAGAUGUUGUCAUAGACAUUCAGGAGAGACACAUUCUGAAUACUGAGUUGCAUGCAGAAAAGGAAGACGAAGCAGUAGACUGGUGGAGCAAGUUCUAUGCUUCCACUGGGGAACAGGAGAAGUGUGGACCUUACCUGAAGAAAGGAUAUGAUACAUUACAGGUGUAUGACUGCGAUCUUGAGGAAGUUCCUGAGUUCCAGGGGCUGUCUGAUUUCUGCAGCACCUUCAAGUUGCAGCGAGGGAAGACUGAGGAUGAGGAGGAUGAUCCCUCAGUGGUGGGAGAGUUCAAGGGGUCAUUCAAGGUUUACCCUCUGUCAGAUGACCCAGGGGUCCCCCCGCCGCCUCGACAGUUCAGAGAACUGCCCGAGAGUGGGCCUCAGGAGUGCUUGGUCAGAAUUUAUGUGGUACGCUGUAUUGACCUGCAGCCCAAGGAUAACAACGGCAUGUGUGAUCCAUACAUUAAGAUUUCUUUGGGGAGGAAAACAGUAGACGACAGGGAUAACUACAAAGCAAACACCCUUAAUCCAGAGUUUGGGAGGAUGUUUGAGAUGUCCUGUUUCUUGCCUCAUGACAAGGAUCUUAAGAUUGCUGUGUAUGACUAUGACUUACUCAGUCGAGAUGAAAAAGUGGGUGAGACAGUCAUUGACUUGGAGAACAGGCUGCUCUCUCGCUUCAACUCCUACUGUGGCCUUCCACAGUCUUAUUGCAUCUCUGGGAUCAACCAGUGGAGGGACCAACUGAAGCCUUUACAGAUCCUCCAGAACCUGGCAAGGCUGAGGGGCAUCCCUCCUCCACGCAUACAGGAAGAUGGCAGUUCACUGUCAUUUGCUGGAAAACAACACAGCCUAUUAGACAUUGAGACAGACAAAGUUAUCCACCAGCAUCUGGGCCCUGCCAGAGAAAGACUUGCUCUGCAUGUCCUCAGAGACCAGGGCUUGGCACCAGAGCAUGUGGAGACCAGGAAUUUGUACAGCAGCUAUCAACCAACACUAUCCCAGGGACGUAUUCAGAUGUGGGUGGAUAUCUUCCCUAAGAACCUGGGCUUGCCAGGACCUCCAUGUGAUAUCACACCACGCAAAGCCAAGCAGUACUGCUUGCGGGCCAUUAUUUGGAACACCACUGACGUCAUACUGGAUGAAACAAGCAUUACUGGAGAAAACAUGAGUGACAUCUACGUCAAAGGAUGGAUGCCAGGAAUGGAGGAUGACAAGCAGAAGACUGAUGUCCACUAUAGAUCCCUUGAUGGUGACGGAAAUUUCAACUGGAGGUUCAUCUUUGGGUUUGACUACCUGCCCACUGAGCAACUCUGUCUUGUCUCUAGGAAAGAACACUUUUGGAAUUUGGACAAAACUGAAUUCAGGAUACCCCCUAAGUUAAUCAUCCAGAUAUGGGACAAUGACAAAUUUUCCCUUGAUGACUAUUUAGGCACACUGGAGCUGGACCUGCUCCAUUUGAUUCCUCCUGCCAAGACCCCAGAAAAGUGCAGCCUGAAAAUGUUACCAGGAAUGUCUGGCUCAUCUGUCUCAAAAAGACCAGUGCCCAACUCCAUUUUCUCCCAGAAGUCUGUACGAGGCUGGUGGCCAUGUAUGAUUGAGCAGGAUGGGAAACAUGUGCUUGGUGGGAAAGUGGAAAUGACAUUGGAAAUUGUGGAAGAAAAGGAGAUGGAGGAGAGACCUGCUGGAAAAGGCAGAGAUGAGCCCAACAUGAAUCCCAAACUGGAUCCACCUAAUCGCCCUGAUACGUCCUUCUUCUGGUUCACAAGCCCAUGCAAAACCAUGAAAUUCAUAGUGUGGCGCAGAUUCAAAUGGAUCUUCAUAGGCGUUAUUGUCCUUAUCCUUGUGUUGCUGUUCCUCGGGAUCCUGCUCUACUCUCUUCCUAACUACAUCUCAAUGAAGAUUGUGAAGCCAUUUUCUUAAGGACCAUUGCAGAGAAACCAUCUACCUACCUGCUCACUAUACACUGUCUCCCUGGAAAUAUACAACUGUAUUCAUCUGACCUUACACUCUAGAGCACAAUGAGACUAUUCAGUUCCCCCUUACAUAAUUAGUAGUUUAUGAAUGUUUGCACUCUGUAAUGCUUGCACUUUAUCAUAUUACAUCCUGUACCAAACAUCUUUUCUGAGCUCAGAAACAUUCCAAUGCCAAUAUUUUUGCUAAUGUCAAUGAUAUUUUAAUAAAAUUUUUAUAUUC